GGACCGCCUUGUUGCGUUAAGGCUGCCGCAUAGGUCAUCGGUGUGGAAAUAUGACUUGACAGAAGGAGGGGUGGUGCUUGAGCGCACCGUGACAGAAGAGAGCCAUGUGAGCGCGGCUGGACUCCACAUUUACUGGAAGCUGAGAUCACCCCGGGUCUGAAGGCCGGUUUUACGCGAGCUGGAUUUGAUCCAAACGCGCUACGUUUAUUUCCAGAGGGAGCCGCUCUGACCGCAAAGUUGUCCGCCUUGUUCGGUAAUUAAACAAAAGUACAAUGAGGACUCUGAUGACGGAAGGUGCGGAUGUGCUGCUGUGUUGAGUUUUUAACACUAGAGGUCCGGUUCUGCUGCUGGGAGUCAUCGUGUAGAACUUUCCCUCUGACGGACCCCUCCGGUGCCAACAAGUCGGUGUGAACAUGCUCCAGAAUGGGAACGAGAAGGAAGAUGAGCCAGCACAGACCAGUGAAACCAAUUCGGACUCCCAGACGGUCAGCGCCAAACCGCCGGUCCCCCCAGCUGAUGAUGACCGGAAACCCACGGGCUCCGGGUCCACACAAUUCCCCAUGCCUGUUUACCCCAAACUGGAGAUCAAACGGAACGCAGUGACUGAUGAUUAUAAGAUUUCCAGUCAGGUUCUGGGUCUGGGCAUCAAUGGGAAAGUCCUGGAGUGUUUCAACAAGAAGUCAGGAGAGAAAUGCGCUCUGAAGAUCCUGUAUGACAGUCCCAAGGCAAGGCGAGAGGUGGAGCUUCACUGGCGAGUGUCAGGAGGACCAUACAUCGUCCGCAUCCUCAGCCUAUACGAGAACAUGUAUCAUGGGAAGAAGUGCCUGCUCAUCAUCAUGGAGUGCAUGGAGGGAGGAGAGCUGUUCAGCAGAAUCCAGGCCAGAGGAGACCAGGCCUUCACAGAAAAAGAGGCGUCUGAAAUCAUGAAGGACAUUGGCACAGCCAUCGAGUUUCUCCACAGCAUCGACAUCGCACACAGAGACAUCAAGCCAGAGAACCUGCUGUACAACUCUAAAGACAGAAAUGGAGUCCUGAAACUGACAGACUUUGGCUUUGCUAAGGAGACGACGCUACACAACCCUCUGCAGACCCCGUGUUACACGCCAUACUACGUUGCUCCUGAGGUUUUGGGUCCGGAAAAGUACGACAAGUCAUGUGACAUGUGGUCUCUGGGUGUCAUAAUGUACAUUCUGCUGUGUGGCUUCCCCCCAUUUUACUCCAACACUGGUCAGGCCAUUUCUCCUGGGAUGAAGAGGAGGAUCAGGAUGGGCCAGUACGAGUUUCCUAAUCCAGAGUGGUCGGAGGUGUCACAGGAAGCUAAAGAUCUGAUCCAACAGCUACUGAAGACAGACCCUAAUGAGAGAAUGGCCAUCACUCAGUUUAUGAACCACCCCUGGAUCAAUCAGUCCAUGGUGGUCCCCUCUACUCCACUUCACACCACCCGGGUCCUAAAUGAAGAGAGAGAGCUGUGGGAAGACGUGAAGGAAGAGAUGACCAGCGCUUUAGCAACCAUGCGUGUGGACUACGACCAGGUGAAGAUUAAGGACCUGGACACAUCCAGCAACCCUCUUCUCAAUAAGAGACGUAAGAAGGCCGCCACAGGGACCAAAACAGGGUCUACGGUCUGCCAGAGUCAGUGAGGCAAGGAGGGUUGAAAAUUCACGCUGAACUGAUGAAGAUGAGCAGCUCUGGAUGAGGGAGGGAAGGUUUAUAUUUAGGAUGAUAUUAUUCAAAAGGCUGCCUUGAACUUUUGUGAGCCAAGAGUUUAAAAAAAUACUCCAGUAGAUGAAGUACCUGUGUCAGAAUGGACUUUUCUUCUACCAAGUUUGGUGUCAGUGAUAAAACAGUCCUCUCACUUUUUUUGACUAGUCUGUUCAAAAGUUUUUGUAGCAGUAAGGUUUUCGUGGAUCUGGAUGCUGAGUUUCCUAAAAUCUCUAGCAAAUUCUGUACGGUUCUGGAAAACGACAGAAAGAAUCCCAACUCAGAGAGUGGAAAACACUCUUUACUGCCCGCCUUGUCUUAAUACUACUUUCCUUUCAGGACUCAAAUGUAUCCUCUUCUCUGAGAGGAAGAACCAAUAAAAAGGCAUCAAAAUCACAAUCAAA